AUGGCCGUCGAAAUCCAAAUCAUUUCCAAAGAAACAAUCAAACCCUCUUCCCCAACGCCGGAGCACCUCCGCCGUUAUAGUUUAGCCUUCCUCGACCAAGUCACCGUCGAUGUCUACAACCCAAUGGUCUAUUUCUACACCGCCGGCUCCGCCACCCCCGCCGAAAUCGCCAACCACCUGAAAAAAUCCCUCUCCGACGUCUUGACACAUUACUACCCUCUCGCCGGCAGAGUCAACUACGACGAAUUUUUCAUCGACUGCAAUGACGACGGUAUCCCCUUCAUCGAAACCAGAGUCAACUGCCGACUCUCUGAUGUAAUGAACACGCCGUUUCCUUCUGAAUUAAACAAAUUUCUUCCGUUCGAAUUGGACGAGCUUGACGAGGUUUCAAUGGGGGUUCAGUUGAAUGUGUUCGAAUGCGGCGGCGUUGCUGUGGGGAUCUGUAUUUCUCAUAAGAUUAGCGAUGCUCUGUCUUUUUUCAUUGUGGUUAAUGGGUGGGCGGCGUAUUGCCGGGGAGAGAAGGAGGCAUUACGGACUCAUUUGUCGUCGGCGGAGCUGUUUCCGCCGGCGAAGACGGGGCUUUACAACACGAGAACGAGUAUUUUCAGGCAGAGAGUGGCGAGACGGUAUCAAAUUGAUGCUGUGAAUGUUGAAAGUAUUAGAGCUAAAUAUGCAGAGUGCCCUGCCAUGCAAAACCAGAGGCGGGCAUCGAGAGUUGAGGCGUUGUCUGCCUUCAUCUAUAGUCGUUUUAUUGCCGCCAUUAAAGCCGUUUCGAUGGAGGAUAGAAGCUCAGAAUCGGAGAAGAAGAUAUUCCUAGUAUGUCACGCUGUAAACAUACGCUCAAGACUGGACCCACCCGUCCCUGAAUAUGCAUUCGGAAACUACUAUAGAUCCACUUUUGCAGUUCCCUCAGAGGGGAUUCUUAACGACAACUAUUGUUACGAUCUUGUGAAACUGGCGAGGGAAGAAAUUGGGAAGAUUGACAAACACUAUCUCCAAAGGCUUCAAGAAAGCUCCAAAUUCCUCGACUCCAUGAAGAAGGCUGCCGCCCAAUUCUCCACCGGUGAGCUCAUCUCUUGCUCCUUCACUAGCCUCUGUCGAAUGCCCAUUUACGAUGUCGAUUUUGGGUGGGGCAAACCCGAGUGGAUCAGCUCCCCAGCAUUGAUCUUCAAGAAUCUCUUUGUCUUCAUCGAUAAGAAAGAUGGCGAUGGAGUUGACAUUUAUGUUCAUCUCAAAGAAGAGCACAUGAAUAAGUUUGAAGCUGAUGAAGAGUUCCUCAAAUAUGCCAAGUUGCCUUCUAAUUAA